AGGACCUUUACCUCGGCAUUUUUUUCGAGAUGUGUCGCUUUAUUUUCACUGUUUACUUUUAUUUUGAGAAUCAAUAAUGAUAAUCGUUGCUCAACAUUCCUUUGAUCGACUUGGAUCAUCGCGUACGUAUUAUACUAUGGAGGUGAUCAUGACGCUGCACCUGGUGGUGCUAAUGAGCGGUCUGAUCACUUUCGCAUACGUUGAUACCUGUAUCCUAGAAAACCCAUUCAAACCCUUCAGCCCCCACCGAGUUCGCCCGGCUGGGAGCAAUGCGGGGUUUUGGGUGUAAGUAGAGGUAUGAGAUGAAUUAAUUCUACUGUCAAAAGUCUCAAUCUACGAUGUUGUCAUUCGAUCCAUCGCACAAGCGCGGAGGGACAACGAGAGUGAGUCGAUAGAUUUUUUCGUUACUCGAUUAAUCUUUACUUCUUCACCAGAGUGACACCGAUGUUGCCCACAAGCUCGUCUUUAUGUUCAGGAGUAGAAAGUAGAUUUGAUACAACACCCUGUGCUCGUUUUCGUUGAAAAGGCGCACCAAAAAUAGUCCUCGUGCCCUCAGUCGGCCGCCGGGGGCUGGCUACUUGUGCCUCCAGGGCCACACGCUUCUGCAGCCAACCUUGGUCCCGUGCCGUGUCGCGAGACCGUACUUACGCAAGAAAAAGAUAGUGAAUCUACAUUGCUUGCCAUUUCCCGGUGCCAGUAGCAGAUCACGCCUCGCAGACACAACGGAAAGCAGUAGUACUAGGUAGCAGAAGUGUCGCGAGUAGAAGAGUCAGGGAGAAACGCACGAAGAUCUUCGCAGGAACGCUAGUGGUGUAAAGAGUGACCAUCUACGGAACGAGUAAAGUUUCUCGCAGUUUCCGUUCUACUUCUGCGGCUACAAUAACGUCACUGCUUCGUGUUUGCUUGCAAGGCGAGUCGACACGGCAACAGCAGCCUAAGCAGCUAGAAGGUUUCAUCCGACUGCGUAAUGGACAACAGCAAAGCGGACAAUGCGAAUAGUGACAUCGACAGUAGUUCUAGUACUUCUUCCGAUGAGCCAGAAAGUGAGGCGGCAGUAGACGAAGUUUUUUUAGAGGCAAGAACAGCAACGGGCUCCGAGCUUUGGAGUUUGCACUACCACUGCUCCGACCAGCAAAUAAAGCUGGGCCCGGGCGAAACAAGAAGGGGGUCCGGGUCGAGGCGGAAAGAGAACUUCGCUGUCCAGAACGCGGACAAGAAAAGGGAGCACAGAAGUACAAAGCUAGAGAUCUUCGCAUCAUCAUCCACUACAUCCGAAGACAAGCUUUAUGCCAGCGGCUGUGGGCAGCUGCCAGUCGCACAGGAGGCCGUCGGUGGAUGCUAUGAGCAGUACUGGUGCUAGUUCGUCCUUUAUCGCAAGACAAAAGUGUCACAGUUACACACAUAGUCUAUGCAGGCCAAGCAAGACAGACAAGCUCUGUCAUGCCAGAUAUGCAUAGGAGACUCGUUUUAUAGGUGUUUUCCCGUAGGAAUAGGAUUUCUGCAUUGCGAGUUUUCUCUCUCAUGCAGAGAAAUUUGUGUUGCUGAAUUCACUACAAAUGUGUAACUGUAACACUUUUUUCGUGGGAUAUCCUUCCAAGGCAAGCCUCCCUACCAGACCAUACACGACCCGUUUGGCGGACCGAAAAGUUCCCCGUAUCAAGUGCAAGAGUGUCUGGGUCUGGAAGAAUGCAUGUUUGUCAUGCUUGUCUGGUAUGACUCUUAAAUCUGUCAUGCACGUUUCCCAUGAGCCCCAUUUUGCUGUCAUGCAAAAACGCAGUUUGUCAUGCAGAAUACGCAAAACCUAGAAGCUCAAAAGCUUGUCAUGCUGAGCCAGCAUUUGUGGCCUCUUCGUGAUACGCCACCCAGCAUCACAAGUUUCCAGACCCAGACAUUUUUACAAUCCAUACCCCGCUCGGCGUCACAAAUGCCUCUGCCAGGUCGUCCUUCGGCAGCGCAAGGAGCUCCGGGAGCAGGACUGGUACGACAAGGUUUUCUUGUUCGCUUAUUUUGUGUACGACGUCUCCGAAUUAUGGAGUAGAUAUACUGUACUUGUAAAAAAGCAAGUGCAGACGAUUUUUUCUUUUUGUUCGCUUCGCCAUGCCCUUGACUUGUUCAACAUGAAGAUCCAAAAAUAUUUUGUUAAACCUUAACGUUACCUCAGCCGGGGACUCGGCGCGGUCAAAUCCGGAUAGCUGGAUAACCCCACCGGAGAGCUCGAGAAGCUCGCGCAGCACCUUUUCUGGCACCAGUCCACACAGCAGGCUCAGCUCAAUACCAGGUACUUAUUGUUGAACGAGAAUCUUCUACUUUUAUCAAGCAUGCCAUUGCAGCUCGUGUGAUGCAGCAAGCCUGAACAGCACCACAGAUUAUCUCACGACAAGAACGUGCUUAUACAUAGAUACAUUGACAUUAUCAGAUGGCGAGUCGGAGCGUAUUUUUCUGGACGUGAAGUCCGUAUUUUCCUACGCACGGCAUGGCCACGCGAAAGUCGUCGAGCGCUGUCUGGUAAACGGGUUCGACCCCAACGCGAGGGAUGCUUACGGAAACACCUUGUUUCACAUCGCGUCGCAGAACGGAAACAAGAAGAUAGCAAAGCUCGCUAUCAAAUUUGGAGGUACUUGCUUUAUUAUGUGAUUCAUCAUGGACCUUUUUGUUUCUACUUGCUCGGAAACCCUGAUAAAAGCCGCCUGUCUAGUACGGUUGUAGUACUUCUUGCUCUAAUCAUGCGAAUGGUGCCUUCAUCAUCAAUCUACAAAACUGACUCACACUCUACCAGGUGACAUGGACUCCCAGAAUAUGCGCGGCAACACGGGCUUGCAUUUCCUCUUCGCCUAUGGCUACGGGGACGUUGGCGAGUAUUUCAUCACUAAAGGCGCGAAUCCGCAACUGAAAAACAUCUACCAGCUCUCGUGCCGCCAAGGACUGAAAACAUGACGCGGAACAAUAAUUCCCUUCGCGUUCUUCCUGCUUCACGUCGUGUGCUGUAGUUCUCUCUUGCUUCCCAGUCGUUCCUAAGUCGAGGACCGGUCUUCACCCUGAUGGGCUGCUGAGCUAGAUGAUCGCCAUACAUCAAUUUGUAGUGACUUUACCAGCUGCUGACCAGUAUCAAUCCUCAUGGUGGGCAAGGCGUCGUCUUUAGCCUGAGGUGGUCGUGCUGCCUCCCGUCCCUCCAAGUAACUUACAUACAGUCACAAGAAAAGAAUACCUACAUCACCUCCAGUUAUCUCCGCUUUAUUAAGUAUGUGUUUACCCCCACUACCCGUACCCCGCGAAGAACUGCCCUUCCCCUUGCAAAUUACGCUAAACAGUUGUUGCGAAGACGCGCUUCUUCUGCACCCCGUAACCCACCGCACUCUGAGGAGCUUCGUUAGUGUUUGCACUGAUUACUGUUACCAUUCCCUAUCUGACACUGGCGCUGGCAUGGAACUCGCCUGGCCUCGCUGAGCUUCAACUCUUUACUUCCAUGUGUUUUCCCUCCCCGGCUGAGCUUACUUUCCCAAUAAAAAAACUCCGCGAACUUGAAAAUCAAAAUACAAUGACUUGAUUAGAUUUUUCAUCAGAUUCAGGUACUUAUCAGCGAACUGACAAAGAACUGAAGAACCCCAGCUGCGCGACGCCAGAAAGGGGAGAAAGAAACCAUCAGGAAUAAAUGGGUACUGGACAGCUUUCUUCUGGAAAGUCGUAAGUAGCUGUGGGGUCAGAUGAUGGUACUUCAAGAAACGAAAUCGAGAAAGUGUUUAUUGCAAAAAUAGUUCUUGUCCACUUGCAGAUCCAGUGCCUUUCUUCGAGCUCAAAGUAGAACUUGGUAGCUACCUCAUUUUCUGCUUAUGCGGAAAUAAAAAAUCUAAAUCGCGCGCACUUUUUUACACCUGUUUUUCAUUUUGAGGAAUGAAAGAAAGAUCGGAAGAACAAGAGUCAGGCACAGGCUACAGUUACAGUACGAAGAAAUAAUAAAGACAAACCAAAAGCUGCAACGCAAAAUUUCGGGAAUAAAGAUGACCGUGACGAUGUUGAUAAUUGGCAAAACGCGCUGUAGCGUUCCUUUUCUGU